GCCACAAGCCUUUCCGCCUCCCCAGCCUGCCUAGGUGCUGGGAACUGGGAGCUGGAUUAUGGUGGCCUGAGCAGCCGACGCAGCCGCAGGAGUCGGUCCCCAAGCUGCAAAGCCCGCCUAGAAGACCCCGAAAGCUGCGGGCUCCGAUAGCCAUGACCGCCCCUCCCAGCCCCACAAGGGGCCCUAUCCCCCCGCUGAGACUGGCGGCCACCGUCCAGAUGUAGCUGGGUCCCCCGGAUCGCCAUCGUCGUCUCCUCUCGUGCGCUACGGAUUUCUCCUGCCCACUCUCUGCCGCCUGGACCGGGAACUGAGCGAGGGGCCUGCAGACUCUGCAGUCCUGAUGCCGCCGAGGCCGCUCUCCUGAGAGAAGCCACCACCACCCAGACUUAGGGGCAGGCAAGAGGGACAGUCACCAACCGGACCGCAAGGCCCGGGCUCACCAUGGCCCCGGCGCUGCACUGGAUCCUGCUAUGGGUGGGCUCGGGAAUGCUGCCUGCCCAGGGAACCCAUUUCGGCAUCCGGCUGCCCCUUCGUAGCGGCCUGGCAGGGCCACCCCUGGGCCUGAGGCUGCCGCGGGAGACCGACGAGGAAUCGGAGGAGCCUGGCCGGAGAGGCAGCUUUGUGGAGAUGGUGGACAACCUGAGGGGAAAGUCCGGCCAGGGCUACUAUGUGGAGAUGACCGUAGGCAGCCCCCCACAGACGCUCAACAUCCUGGUGGACACGGGCAGUAGUAACUUUGCAGUGGGGGCUGCCCCACACCCUUUCCUGCAUCGCUACUACCAGAGGCAGCUGUCCAGCACAUACCGAGACCUCCGAAAGGGUGUGUAUGUGCCUUACACCCAGGGCAAGUGGGAGGGGGAACUGGGCACCGACCUGGUGAGCAUCCCUCAUGGCCCCAACGUCACUGUGCGUGCCAACAUUGCUGCCAUCACUGAAUCGGACAAGUUCUUCAUCAAUGGUUCCAACUGGGAGGGCAUCCUAGGGCUGGCCUAUGCUGAGAUUGCCAGGCCCGACGACUCUUUGGAGCCCUUUUUUGACUCGCUGGUGAAGCAGACCCACAUUCCCAACAUCUUUUCCCUGCAGCUCUGUGGCGCUGGCUUCCCCCUCAACCAGACUGAGGCACUGGCCUCAGUGGGAGGGAGCAUGAUCAUUGGUGGUAUCGACCACUCACUCUACACGGGCAGUCUCUGGUACACACCCAUCCGGCGGGAGUGGUAUUAUGAAGUGAUCAUUGUACGUGUGGAAAUCAAUGGUCAAGAUCUCAAGAUGGACUGCAAGGAGUACAACUAUGACAAGAGCAUCGUGGACAGUGGGACCACCAACCUUCGAUUGCCCAAGAAAGUAUUUGAAGCUGCUGUUAAGUCCAUCAAGGCAGCCUCCUCGACGGAGAAGUUCCCGGAUGGCUUUUGGCUAGGGGAGCAGCUGGUGUGCUGGCAAGCAGGCACGACCCCUUGGAACAUUUUCCCAGUCAUUUCACUUUACCUCAUGGGUGAAGUCACCAAUCAGUCCUUCCGCAUCACCAUCCUUCCUCAGCAAUACCUACGGCCGGUGGAGGACGUGGCCACAUCCCAAGACGACUGUUACAAGUUUGCCGUCUCACAGUCGUCCACGGGCACUGUUAUGGGAGCCGUCAUCAUGGAAGGCUUCUAUGUUGUCUUCGAUCGAGCCCGAAAGCGAAUUGGCUUUGCUGUCAGCGCUUGCCAUGUGCACGAUGAGUUCAGGACGGCGGCAGUGGAAGGUCCGUUUGUUACGGCAGACAUGGAAGACUGUGGCUACAACAUUCCCCAGACAGAUGAGUCGACACUUAUGACCAUAGCCUAUGUCAUGGCAGCCAUCUGUGCCCUCUUCAUGUUGCCACUCUGCCUCAUGGUAUGUCAGUGGCGCUGCCUGCGCUGCCUGCGCCACCAGCACGAUGACUUUGCUGAUGACAUCUCCCUGCUCAAGUAAGGAGGCCCGUGGGCAGAUGACGGAGACGCCCCUGGACCACAUCUGGGUGGUUCCCUUUGGUCACAUGAGUUGGAGCUAUGGAUGGUACCUGUGGCCAGAGCACCUCAAGCCCCUCACCGACCUGCCAAUGUUUCUGCGUGACAGAACAGAGAAAGCGGGCAAGCUGGAUUACAGGGCUUGCACCUGUAGAACACAGGCGAGGGAAGGAAGCAGCGUUCUGGUGGCAGGAAUACCCUUAGGCACCACAAACUUGAGUUGGAAAUUUUGCUGCUUGAAGCUUCAGCCCUGACCCUCUGCCCAGCAACCUUUAAAGUCUCCAACCAAAAGUAUUCUUUAUGUCCUUCCAGAAGUACUCAGGCUACCUGGCAUGUGUCCCUGUGGUACCCUGGCAGAGAAAGGGCCAAUCUCAUUUCCCUGCUGGCCCAAGUCAGCAGAAGAAAAUGCAGUUUGCCAGCUGCUUUAGUGAUAGGGACUGCAGACUCAAGCCUACACUGGUACAAAGACUGUGUCUUGAGAUAAACAAGAACCUAUGCGAUGCCAAUGUUUGUACUCCUGGGGGCAGUCAAGAUGAGGAGACAGGAUAGGAUGGAGACAGGAAGGAGACGGUAGCAAAGCUGGGAAAGGCAGAACUCUGAUAACUUCCUGGUCCCAAGUUUAGACUCAUCUCCAAGACAGAAGCCCAUUUGGACUAAGAGGUAUCAUUCCCCAAUGUGUCAGUGGUCGUAGUCUGAACUGAAAUGAAAUGGGGGGGGGGGGCUGAUUAGCCAAAGAGCUCUUUUUAACACUCUUAGAGAAACAGUGCUCACGAGCAAAGUCCCACUGGACAGAUGAAUUCCUAUCUUGUUAAUUCCACCUGUCUCUCUCUGCUUCUUCAACAUGCUAAGUGGCACCAAAAUGUCCCAACCCCAAGGUCUUAGGUGCCCUAUGGGACAACAGUUAGAAUACUAUAGGGCUGGGAAGGUCUUCCCAGCAUAGGUUCACUCCAACCAAGGUGCUAAAAGGGUCAGACAGGAGAGCCCUCCUCUCUGGCCCGCAAAGGCAGAGCCCUCAAGAUUCACGCAGCAGCUUAGGGCUGAUGGACUUGCCUCUGCCUGGAUUGUUUUUAUUUUCUUUCUUUUUGCCCAGUGGUACAAAAUGGUAAGCUCUUUAUGGAAUACUGAGUGGGUUCAUUCCUCUCUUGCCCUCUCCAGUGGCCCCUCUAUUUAUCUGGCUAAGGAAACAUUACACAUUGGCUAGUAUUAAACAGCAACUGUAAGA